CUCGCGGCUGCUCGGGCCGUGCGUGCGUGCGCGGAGCCGGCCGGGGGCGCGCGGGCGGCCUGAGACCCAUCCGGCGGCGCGGACCAUGGACAGCUUCGACCUGGCGCUGCUGCAGGAGUGGGACCUCGAGUCGCUGUGGGGUGAAGACAUCUUAAGCCAGAGGAAUGACUCUCUCGUGGUGGAGUUUCAGCCAUCAGCUGGCAGAUGCAGGAGUGCCUAUGAACCGGAUAGAAAUGUGUUACGAAGGAAAGAACGAGAAAGGAGAAACCAGGAAACUCAGCAGGAUGAUGGCACCUUUAAUUCGAGUUACUCUCUCUUCAGCGAACCCUACAAGACGAACAAGGGGGAUGAACUCUCCAAUCGGAUCCAGAAUACUUUGGGAAAUUAUGAUGAAAUGAAGGACUUUUUAACGGAUCGAUCCAAUCAGAGCCAUCUUGUUGGAGUGCCCAAACCUGGCAUUCCUCAGGCUCCAGUGAACAAAAUCGAUGAACAUUUUGCUGCAGAUUCAAGAGCCCAGACCCAGCCCUCCUCUGUCUGCAGCUCCACAUCGUCCACACCAGCAGCUGUCCCUGUUCAGCAGAGUAAGAGGGGCACCAUGGGCUGGCAGAAGACUGGCCACCCCCCUUCUGAAGGCCAGCAAAGAGCAACACAACAGGGCUCGCUCAGGACUUUGCUUGGAGAUGGUGUUGGCAGACAGCAACCACGGGCCAAACAAGUGUCCAAUGUAGAGGUGGGUCUUCAGACCCAGGAGAGGCCCCCUUCUAUGGCAGCCAAGCACAGUGGAGGUGGACACUGUGUUCAAAACUUCCCUUCAUCCCUGGCUUCCAAACCCAGCCUGGUCCAGCAGAAGCCAACGGCCUAUGUGCGGCCAAUGGAUGGCCAAGAUCAGGCUCCUGACGAGUCUCCAAAGCUUAAGUCGCCCACAGAAACCAGCGUUCACUGCACAGCCUACAGAGGACUCCCGGCCGCCAAAACAGAGUCUGCCAGAGCCAAGGCCAAACUCUCCAAGUUCAACCUGCCCAAACAAGGAGAGGAGAGCAGAGCUGGAGAAACUAACAGCUGUGUGGAAGAAAUAAUCCGGGAAAUGACCUGGCUUCCACCACUGUCAGCUAUCCAAGCACCCAGCAAAGUGGAACCAGCCAAGUUUCCCUUCACAAAUAAGGAUUCUCAGCUUGUUUCCUCUGGACACAAUAAUCCAAAGAAAGGUGAUGCGGAGCCUGGGAGUCCAGACAAUGGCACAUCAAAUACAUCAAUGCUAGAAGAUGACCUUAAGCUAAGUAGUGAUGAAGAAGAAAAUGAGCAGCAGGCAGCCCAGAGAACCACUCUCCACGUUCUGUCUGACAGCACCCUGGUCCAGCAGGCCACCUGCAGGGCCUCUGUGCCUUCCAGCCGGCGCAGCAGCAGUGGCAGCAGCAGCAGUGGCAGCAGCUCAUCCAGUGAUUCGGAGAGCAGCUCGGGGUCCGACUCGGAGACAGAGAGCAGCUCUAGUGAGAGUGAGGCCAGCAAGGCGCCCCACUACUCCAGCCCCGAGGCCGAGCCCGCGUCCUCCAACAAGUGGCAGCUGGACAAAUGGCUCAACAAGGUGAAUCCACACAAGCCGCCCCCGAUUCUGGUGCACCACGAGAGCCCGGGGCCCGAGGGCGCCCCGUACUACGCGCCACCCAGCAAGGACCAGGGAGCGCCGGAAUGUGGCCACGGCACGGGCCUGCGGGACAAGGAGCCCAAGGGCGCCUGCAAGGACGAGCAGCGGCCCAGGACGGCCAGCAAGGCCCCGGGCAGCAGGGCGGGCAAGCAGAAGUCGCCUCCCGCCGCGGGCCCCGCCGUGGGUCCUGCAGAGAGCACGCCCGCCCCGGCGCGCAGGUCGGCCGGCAAGAAGCCCCCACGGCGCGCGGAGAGGCCGGUGGAGAGGCCCGGGGCGGGGGGCGACGGGGGUCCCUGCCCAAGGCCCGACGAGCCCCCGCCGGCCCCCGAGGCGCUGGGCUCGGGUGCGGGGGGAGGCCCCCCGGAGCCCCCCAAGGCCAGCAAGCCCUGUGCCAACGGCCGCAGUGGCCACCGCAAGGAGCCGCGCCCCGCGUUGCCCUGCGAAAAGCGCCGCACGCGCGGCCUGGGCAGGAUCGCGCCCAAGUCCAGGGAGUUCAUCGAGACCGAGUCGUCGUCCUCGUCGUCGUCGUCGUCCUCGUCCGACUCGGACCCGGAGUCGGAGCAGGACGAGCCGCCGCCGGCCAAGGCGCCGGGGCCGGGUGCGGGCCCGCCCGACGCGCGGCUCAAGGAGGCGGCGCUGGGCGGUGGAGGAGGCUGCGGCGGGCCCCGCGCGCCCGUGGGCUCCAUCAGCGCCAGGACCGGCGGCGACGUGGCCCGGGAACCCGACGAGCAGCUCUACACGCUCGUGCCCUUCGGCCGCAACGAGCUGCUGUCGCCGCUCAAGGACAGCGACGAUGGCCGCGCGCUCUGGGUCAAGAUCGACCUGAGCCUCCUGGCCAGGGUCCCCGGAGAGCACCUGCCCCCCGAGCCCGGGGUCCUGAGCGCGCCCGCAGCCAAGGAGGCGGCGGACUGCACGCCCGCCGGCCCCCAGGGCCACCCCGGACACGGACACGCCACCGAUGCCCUGCCCGAGAAGGCCUUGCCCAAAUCCAAGAGGAAACGCAAGUGUGACAAUGACGAUGACUACAGAGAGGUCAAGAAGGCCACAGGUGAGAAGGAGGGCUCCUCACGCCUGGCCACUGCCAAUGCCAGCCUGUCUGCCAGCCAUUGCACCAUGAGCAUCAAUAGCUUGGCAAUUCCAAUCAAUAAAAAUGAGAAAAUGCUGCGCUCACCCAUCUCACCCCUCUCCGACGCCUCCAAACACAAAUUCUCCAGCGAGGACUUGACAUCGUCCUGCAGAUCAAAUGGCACCAGCCUCUUUGCUUCUGCCCCAUCCAACAAAAAGCAUAAGGCAGAGAACCAGCUGCAGUCUCAUGGAGGAGACCUCCCGAAAGCUGCUCACAACAAUCCUGAAAACAUUCUUCACAAGUCACGGCUGCAGACAGAGCCAUGGUCACCAGGCACCAACGACCACAGGGAUUGCAAGAGGCAGAAACUCGUCUUUGAUGACAUGCCUCGUAGUGCGGAUUAUUUUAUGCAAGAAGCGAAGCGGAUGAAACAUAAAGCAGAUGCCAUGGUGGAAAAGUUCGGAAAGGCUUUGAAUUAUGCAGAAGCAGCUUUGUCAUUUAUUGAGUGUGGAAAUGCCAUGGAACAAGGUCCAAUGGAAUCCAAAUCUCCUUACACGAUGUAUUCAGAAACUGUAGAGCUCAUCAGGUAUGCUAUGAGGCUAAAAACCCACUCAGGCCCUAAUGCUACUCCCGAGGACAAACAACUAGCUGCAUUAUGUUACCGAUGCCUUGCUCUCCUGUACUGGCGGAUGUUUCGCCUCAAAAGGGACCAUGCUGUGAAGUAUUCAAAAGCACUGAUCGACUACUUCAAGAAUUCAUCGAAAGCUGCCCAAGCGCCAUCUCCAUGGGGGGCAAGUGGAAAGAGCACGGGAACCCCGUCCCCCAUGUCUCCCAACCCCUCCCCUACCAGCUCUGUGGGGUCGCAGGGGAGCCUGUCCAACACCAGUGCCCUGUCCCCGUCCACCAUUGUCAGCAUUCCCCAGCGCAUCCACCAGAUGGCAGCCAACCACGUGAGCAUCACCAACAGCAUCCUGCAUAGUUAUGACUACUGGGAGAUGGCGGACAACCUGGCCAAGGAGAACAGAGAGUUCUUCAAUGACCUGGAUCUGCUUAUGGGCCCCGUGACCCUCCACAGCAGCAUGGAGCACCUGGUCCAGUACUCCCAGCAGGGUCUGCACUGGCUGCGGAACAGCACUCACCUGUCAUAGGGCCUUGGCCAGGAGCCGGACUCUGCCCUCCUCCCCAUGGACCGCUCUGUGAUUCUGGACACUGUGCUACUGAUAUUUCUGGCCACAGCAUUUAUUGGACUGCGGUGAACACUUCCUCAGCAUCCAAGGACUUCCCAGGGCAUGUGUGUCUGUACGUGUGGGCAUCUGUGUAUGUGUGUACGAAGCACAGCUCUUUAGAACAUGUCACCUCUGCCUGGUUUCCAAAAGCCUGGACUAGACAAGGUGAUCAGAGGUCAUAGAAAACACAUUUACAUACACACACAUACACACACAUACAUAUGCACACACUUUCAGUCUCAAAACUAAACCAUAAAUUCUUCAACAUUCAACCAAAACACCAUGGGUUAGUGAACCAGGUGCAAUACAGCACACCCAAAACUUGACUGCCAGUUAAGACAAACCUAGUUCUUACACUAUUGAUUACUUUCAGUAUUACUAUACUAGUCCCCAAUUAUUUUUUGAUUGUGUGUAUUCAUGGACAAUUGAAAAAUGAAAAUAAGUCACUUAUUUUUGUGCUGGGCCUUUACUAGACUGCAUGUUACCAAAUACGCCUGUCUCUUGUUUGAUUCCCCCCCCACACCUUCUUCCCAGCCUUAUUGUCAACUAAAUGCAUUUAUGAGCAAAUGAAUCAAUUCUCACAGGUCUGCACUGACCGACCUGCCCCCAAAUUGAUCUCAACAUAGCACUGUGAUGUGGAAAGGACACAGUGUGUUUGAAAAUUAACCCCUACUGCUGUGGAACUCAGUUCCAAAUGGAACUUAGUGCACACAGCAAGGCCGCCCAGCACCUAGUUCUUCUUAAAGCCAUGUGACUUUUGUCCGCCCAUGUUUGUCAAGUCUU